CCGAAGUGUCCGGUCUCGUGUUUACAAGCGCGCUUUCUUUAAUCUAAAUGAUGUGGUAUCGGCGAAAUUGUUAGUGCUACAAUAUAGUAUGUUUCCGCUCCACGGCCGUAUCUACGCGGACUGCAAGCGCGAUUUGGUGUUGGAGUUGCUAGAAGAGUUAAAAUCCAAGAAGAGAAAUGAACGAUCCGAGGCGCAACGUGUACGCGUCGAAGAACGCUGCGAACCGCUGUUUCACUUCUUUCCCCGGGAAUCUGAACCUGAACCAUUUGGUGAUGUUCUCGACGUGGAAAUGUCCGAAGGCAGUGAAUCUUACGAAGAAAUCGUGCCUAGCAAUGGUCUUGCAAACAAAGGACCCGAUAGGGACGAACUUGAAGUGUGUGGGGCCCCGGACGAUUUGACUGACCUUCCAGAAGAAGUACAGGUAAACAUUUCAAAGAUUAAGGAGGCGCUACAUUCGUGCGACGAGACGGAUAUUCGGACAGCUGACCUGUCCUUUAUGGUUUCUGCAAAACCAGAGACGGUCGCAGCGGUUUGUGAUGAACUCGAGACGGACGCUAUAGCUGAUUCAAAGAUGCAGCUACUGCUGCGUUCGUUUUCAGAGUUGAAAUCAGAGAUAAGCCUCAUCAACGGUGUCGUUUUCGUGAAGUGUGCUCUCCUGCCUAAGGUCGCUAACUUGGAAGAAGGCACCACGGCACGUUCUCUUAUAGAUUCAGUCAUAGCCUUCGCACAAGAGAUGCCACAUGUUACAGUUGAAGGCCUUCUAGUCCCACUGGUAUCUGCUGAUAGCAUGGGUAAGGCACAGACAGAUGUUGUACAGACACUUAUCAAGGAAGGAAUACCGAAAGACUAUGCUGCAAUGUGCUUAAGGAGAAUGCUACAAGAAUCAAGGGCCUGUAUUGAAACACAUGUCAGCUUUGUUCACACUAUAGUCCUAAAGAGGGGUCCACUAGAAAGCGUGUUCACAGAAUUAGCCCACUGGCUUGCUUCUGUCAAGGAUGAAAGAAGUGCUGAUAGCAAGUUUUCAAAGCUGCUUAUGGAUCUUGUCAGCUUUUAUGGCCCACAGAUGUCACCUGCUUGUUUGGACAGUGUUGUAAAAGUUGUCAGUGUGAACAGGACGCUGCUGAAGAAGCCAAUUCAGAACAUGCUUACAAAACUUGAUACGUGAAUGCACACCUACAGGUGCACAGUAGCAUGGCACUGAUCUGACCUAGGCAAUGUUGUUACAGUAUGCACUGUAUAAUGUUAGCUGUUAUGUGUUAGGGAAAAUUUUCGUUUAUAUACAAAUGUAAUAAAAAGCAAAGGUUUAUUGCAUAUAACUGUCUUCCAUUU